AUUGUUGAUGAUGAACUCCAUACGCAGACAUGCUCGCUUCGAGCUUUUGCCCACCGAAUUACUCUAUGAAAUCAUAACCCGUCUAUCCAGUCGGGAUGUCAAACGCCUCUCAUCUGUUAGUGAACGACUGAGGAAGGUUUGCUUGCCGUAUUUAUUCCGUAACGUCAGUUUUGAAUUUUCGAGAUCGGGUUUCAUAUCGCUACAACGGCUGCUACUGUCAAACCUGCGCUGGUAUGUGGUUUCUUUAACCUAUGUUGUUCCGGAACUGCUUCAAUCUGAGAUCAUGGAUUUCAGGUUUUUUAGAAACAACAUUCUUCCCCCUAAGAAUUACCUGGAUGAAUUAAAGCAGUCGUCUGACAAGGAUUGUCCGGCUAAGCCACCUCCCCCAUAUAUGGUCAUCUACGAUACUUUCAGGGGUAUAUGUAAGGAGCAACAUGAUAUUUUGAAAAGACGUGAGGAUAUUGAAGUGCUUUCGGCUGCUCUUGGACAACAACUUCCUAAACUGACCGGUUUCUGCGUAUAUUUUCGUCGGACAAACGCAAAAGAACAUUGGGUGGGAUCUUACUUGGACACGACUAUGACCAUGCAAGAAAAGACCCUUGAGCAUCACUUCCACGCCAUUAUAAAGGGCCUCAAAACCUAAACCGACAGUGGAACAUUCUUGCAUUCCAUUCAAUUAUCAAACCUCGAGCUUCCUUACUUUAGCUCAUGGGAUACGCCAAAAGCGCAGACGCUGAGAACGUAUAUCUGUGAUUUAGUAGAUCACUCUCGAAUUCUACGUCUAAGUGGAUCUGGGUCACCAUUAAGAACACUGUCCCACGCCCUGCUACAUCUCCAGCAGCUGGACCUGUGCUGCCUGUACGUCCAUGCACAAUUCCUCACCGAGUUCCUGGAAAACAACGCGGGCUCCAUUGAAUCUAUAGGAUUCCACAACACAGUCUGAUUUCUCCCGAUCCCUUCACCUUGGUCGAACUAGCACCGGAGCUAGGCCGCAGCAUAUUUGGAGUGAAUUGGCUUACAACAGAAAGCGUCCCUUGUCAUAUUUGCCAAGGAAACGGGUGGAGUCUCUCUAAAGCUAGGAAAAUUGAAUAGAUAUCACGAGCUCAGUG